CCAGUCUCAGACGUCAACUCUCGAAGACUCUCGACACAUUUGCCAUACCAUGAGACGCGAGCAACGAGCAACGAGCCACGAUUGUCCAUAAGCAAUGGCGAAACGAAAAUCCGAAGAACCUCUCGAAGCUCUCUCAAAUGUCCCUUCACCCGCAAGCAAGAAGGCACGUGUGGAAGAUGUGAUUGAAGAGGAGGACUCUGGCUACACCAAUGGGUUAUCUGCGCGUUCAGCUGCUCAAAACACCAAAUCCCAGACCUCUACCGUAAAUUCAACCAACAGCAAUGGCUACGAUGACCGGUCUGCGAAUUCCAGCGACGAUGAAUCUGAUGACGACCAAGACCCAGACAGAACAUCAAUUGCGCCCCUCCGGCAAACUGCCCCCACGGAAGGAUAUAGCGAUCUUUAUCUAGACACGAUCAACCGGUCCCUGCUUGAUUUCGACUUUGAAAAGCUAUGCUCAGUCACCUUGGCUAACAUCAACGUCUAUGCCUGCUUAGUCUGUGGCAAGUAUUUCCAAGGACGAGGACCCAAGUCGCAUGCCUAUUUCCACGCCCUUGACCUUGACCAUCAUGUCUACAUCAACUUGGAGACCCAAAAGGUCUAUGUGCUCCCCGAAGGCUAUGAGGUCCAUAACAAGAGCUUGGACGACAUCAAGUACGUGGUCGAUCCUAAAUUCUCCGAAGAAGAGGUCAAGAAGUUGGAUCGAGUCCCCAAAGAGUCGACCGAUUUGGCAAACAAAAAAUACAGGCCAGGUUUCAUUGGGAUGAAUAAUAUCAAGGCGAAUGAUUACCUGAAUGUUGUGGUGCAGACCCUGGCCCAUAUCGCUCCUUUACGAAACUUCUUUCUCCUUCACCAAUUCCCUCUGACUGCCGCACAACUGCCUAUCCGAACCAGCACACUCAUAAGGAAGCUAUGGAAUUCCAAGGCAUUUAGAAACCACGUCUCGCCGCAUGAGUUGUUGCAGGAGAUUGCUCUGAGGUCGUCUAAGAGGUUUACACUGACUCAACAAUCCGAUCCCGUGGAAUUUAUGUCGUGGUUUAUGAACAAUCUACACCUUGCUCUAGGAGGCUCGAAAACGAAACCAUUAUCCUCAAUCAUUCAAAGAACCUUCCAGGGCAAACUAAGAGUCGAGUCUCAAGAGAUCACGGCCAAGUCUGAUGUGUCCGGAGAUCGCUUGAGGUUUGAAGACUCGUCAAUCAUCAAGACCACCACCACUCCUUAUAUGAUCCUAACUUUAGACCUGCCUCCGAUACCACUUUUCCGUGAUGCCGUCGAGUCCAAGAACAUCAUCCCUCAGGUGCCAUUGACUACUCUACUUCAAAAGUAUAAUGGUAUCAACGCUUCAGAAAAGUCGUCACAGCGGGUCCGCCACCGACUUCUCCAUCCUCUUCCUCCUUACCUCCUCUUUCACACCAAACGCUUCUCCGUCAACAAAUUUGUAUCCGAAAGAAAUCCCACCAUUGUGACAUUCCCCUCGCCGCGAGGACUUGACAUGUCACCGUAUGUCGAACCCAAUCCCGCGCUUCACCCACCUGGCGAACCCAUCUACUAUGAAAUGGUCGCCAAUAUCAUUCUCGACACGACUUCGAUGUCGACGGGAGGCGGCGAAGAUUCAAACGCUGCGGAUGCUGCCAAUAAAGCCGUGGGAGGAGAAGGGUCAAAAGUGGCAUGGAAGGUCCAGCUUCGGGAUAAGGCGGCAACCGUAGCGCAAAGGAAUGACCUGCCUGAAUGGCUAGAAAUCCAAGAUCUUUGGGUGGAGAGGGCUGAAGCUGAGACUUUGUUUACAAGAGAGAGCUACCUCAUGGUUUGGGAACGGAGAAAGGAGAAGACAAAGACCACGAUAAAUGGCAGUGGCAAAGGCAAAGCGAAGUAGCGUAACUCUUGUAAUC